AAAACCAUUUAGCUCGCAAUAUUAUAUCAAAACAAUUCCUGCCAUCAACGGCAACACGUUCUACUACGACUGGGUUUGCGCUUGAAGUCAGAAGAAACCCGACCCCGGGGGAAAAACAACGUUUCCUUCAAAGGAUUUCCGGAUGAGUGUCCACCGCAGGUCUGGUUCUGCCACUCAUUAUAAGACUGCGCGCUACGCAUCGUCUGUCUGUCUGUCUGUCUGAUCUGCUGGAUUUUCAGUGCAUCGUCUCAACAGAGGUGCCUUCAGCUUUAUCCCAGUCUCCUCAACGUUAUCCAUCAUGGCUGAGAAUAAACUGGCCUCUUUUGGGAAGAUGCUGCUGAGGCGACGCGUGCUGGACACUUCUCAGGAUGAAACCCGCUUCGCUCGCUGUCUCACCACUCUUGACCUCAUAGCCCUCGGGGUGGGGGCGACACUGGGUGCAGGUGUCUACGUUCUGGCUGGGGAAGUGGCCCGAGAGAAGGCUGGACCUGCCAUCGUGCUGUCUUUCCUAAUUGCUGCCUUUUCCUCUGUUCUUGCUGGUUUGUGCUACGCUGAAUUUGGUGCACGUGUUCCCAAGACGGGAUCCGCUUACCUGUACAGCUACGUGACAGUGGGUGAAAUAUGGGCCUUCAUCACGGGAUGGAACCUCAUUCUGUCAUAUGUGAUUGGCACAGCUAGUGUGGCACGGGCUUGGAGCUCAACGUUUGACAAUCUAGUGAACAAAACGAUCUCUGACUUUUUCACUGAUUCCAUGUCAUUUCCAUACACUGGAAAAGUGUUAGCGGAAUAUCCAGAUGUGUUUGCCCUCAUCCUGGUCAUGUUGCUCACUGGAUUAUUGGCAUUUGGAGUGAGUGAGUCUGCUCUUGUCAGCAAGAUCUUCACAGGAAUCAACCUGGUGGUUCUGACAUUUGUCAUCAUAUCGGGCUUUGUGAAAGGCGACAUGGCCAACUGGAACCUCACUGUGGAGGACUACAUUAACAGCACAAACAACUAUAAUGCAGAGAAAAUUGAAAAAGAAUUUGGCUUGGGUGGCUUUGCACCAUUUGGUGUGAGUGGAAUCCUAACUGGUGCUGCUACAUGUUUCUACGCAUUUGUGGGUUUUGACUGCAUUGCAACCACAAGUGAGGAGGCCAAAAACCCCAUGCGUUCCAUCCCGAUCAGCAUAGUGGCCUCUCUGCUCAUCUGCUUUUUUGCCUACUUCGGAGUGUCAGCAGCGCUCACACUCAUGAUGCCCUAUUACAAGCUGGAUGUUCAAAGUCCACUUCCAGAGGCCUUCAAAUAUGUGCACUGGGACCCUGCUCGCUAUAUUGUGGCGGUGGGCUCUCUGUGCGCCCUUUCCACCAGCUUGUUGGGCACCAUGUUCCCUAUGCCUCGUGUGAUUUAUGCCAUGGCUGAGGAUGGUCUGCUCUUUCGCUCCCUCUCCCGCAUGCACAAGAAAACCAAGACACCUGUGCUGGCCACCAUUGUGUCUGGCAUCGUAGCAGCUCUGAUGGCCUUCCUGUUUGAUCUCGCAGCAUUAGUGGACUUGAUGUCGAUUGGGACCCUGCUGGCGUACACUCUAGUUGCUGUGUGCGUACUCAUUCUCCGGUACCAGCCAGGCAGUAUUGGCUCCAGUGGUGCGAAUGAGAAGCCAAUGGAACUACAGAGGCUGGAGGCUAAAGCAGGCAUGGCAGAUGUGGAUAGCGGGGAUGAGUACAGCCAGGAGCUGGAGACAAUACCCCUUAAGGAGAGGUUUUCCGUCAGGAUGCUGGUGCAACCCAUCAGUGAUGUACCCACCAAGAUUUCCGGCAUCAUUGUUUAUUCUGCAACUGGCACCAUAUCUGUGCUGUUCACUCUGCUGUGUGUGGUGCUGGCUGUGUACGGGGAGCAGGUGGGGAUGGGCAGCCCUCUUUGUAUCACUUUGGUUGUUCUCCUGUCUGUUCUGUCUUCUGUCUGCAUCAUCAUCAUCUGGCGACAGCCCCAGAGUAAAGAGGUUCUCACGUUCAAGGUGCCUUUGCUCCCCAUUCUGCCUUUGGUCAGUAUCUUUGUAAAUAUUUACCUCAUGAUGCAAUUGGAUGGACCUACAUGGGUUCGUUUCGCAGUAUGGAUGGCUAUUGGUUUUAUUAUUUAUUUCGCGUAUGGAAUAAAGCACAGCUCUGAGGGUAAAAACAAUUCCCCAGAAAAAUUUGAGCCAAUUCUUCAAGGAAAGAAACCGAUCUACCUGACUGAAGAUGAGAGUGAGGGGACCACACCUUAAGAAGAGCGACUGGAAUGGUAUGCCAGCCACAUUCCAACCGGUUUUGUAAAAUGCUGCAGUUUCACUUUUGCACCUUAUACUUCCUUUAAAGUCUGCAUUGAAAACUGACAAAAAUGGUUUCACUCAACCGUUUUUAUUCAGCAGGUAAACUGUGUAUUUGUUGCUAAUCGUUUGCCUUGUGUCAGUGUAUGAUGGUACUGUAACAGUGUAACUUAUGAAUGUCUAGGCUUCAUUAUGAAAAGAAUUCAGUCUAGUCCUACGUGUACUUUGUAUGCACUUGUUGAUUUCUGUUACCAGAUCAGAGAUCGGGCACAACCUUUUACGCUUGAAAAGAUGUUUGAGAACAGGGUGUGUCUGCCUGUGGGUGGUCAUUCAGGGUGACGUCUUUCUCUCUCAAUGAAUGGGAAUAUGUUAUUCAUAGGCUUGGUUUAAACAGGCAGCAAAAAUCUCAUUGGGCGUAGCCAACUCAAGUUUUUUUUUUUUAUCAUUUAUGAUGUAACAUUUGUUUAACGUCCUUCAUCAUGUCCACAUUUACUCAUAUAGCACACUGUGUCACAUUCACUAUGUAGUAAAUGUGACUGAUUGCACAAUGCUGCUCUCUCAUGUGCCUCAUGAGUUCAGCACUGCAGUGAGAUGUCAGGCGGUCCUGAACAAAGGCAAAAUGUAUACUGUUCUGUGCUCUCUUUCCACCCCAAAGGGUAAACGAGUUCCUUUCCAUUAUGCUGGCACUCUCAUCAUUACUAUAGUAUCCAGUGUAGGCAAACAGAUCAGAAUUCAUCCUUUGUGAAAUGAUAGUGAGCACAGUCAGAAAAUACACAUUUAAAGACCAAAUUAGAUUUGUGUGCUGUGUGAACCAGCCCGAUAUCUUUUUCCUGGACCAGAGAGAAUUGAGAGAGUGUAAAAUAACAUGUGCAUUAUUGUUUUGAAAUCAAAACGUCCUUGUAGUACUUUAUUUUUAUAAACUUGACAUGAUUGGGGAAAAGGGAUACAUGCAAAAUAUUUUAAAAAGCUACCUUGGAUUUUGUCAGUAGUUUUCUAUUUGUAGUAUGUACUUGUAUAUUUUUGUAAAUUUAUUGGAAUGUGUAUUUAUUGUUGAUGUUACUGUAUAUGUUUUACAUAGUUUUGGCUUCUUUAGUACCACAGUUUUCUCUAUUGAGCUGUACAUAUUUGGGAUGUAAAAUAGGAAACCCACGUCGUCUUAGAUGUGCUUAAUAAUAGCACAAACAGACAUUCCCUUAUUGUCUUUUUCUGGAAAGGAGUCUUGUUUUUUUUUUACUUGCGUGACUAAAUUAGUAAUUUUUCAUUUUGAGCAUCAGCAUCUAAGUGCUCUUAUUUUUCACGCAAUUUUUUGCCAUUCUAGUUAUCUUAAGAUAACACAGUUUAUGCCCUUUUCAUAAUGUUUUUUGUAAAAACAUUGCAAUGUAAAUGUUUUUUUCUUUAAGGAAAAGUAGAUCUGAAGGUGGAGAUUAUGGAGAUUUAUGACUUGUGUGGCUUUUUUUAUAUGCUGCUGGGAUAUGGUACAUGUUAUUGACAUGAACAGAGUAAUUUAUGGCUCUUUACACUAAACAGAGUUAUUUGUACAGUUUAUUUUCCAAAAAUCAUUACCUUUUGCUGUAAAUAUUGUGACUUUUAAGCCUGUUUUACAAUUAAUGUUUACACAAUGCUGCUGUGUAGUUGAGCUGGGACUGUUUGUUCCAGUUUAUUGAAAAUCAUAUCUGUUACAAAGUUGAGAGUCAGUAGUAUUCACUUUAAACAGACAUUCUGGUCUAAUAAUACAGACCCUUAUGGGUAUUACUGUAGCCUACACUUCCUCAGGAGUGAUGGCUAUUCAUGGCUCAAUGCUUUUCCUCGCUCGUUCAGAGGUGUAGAGUUGUUCAGUUUGAAGUCCUAAAUCCUGGAAAAGAAUUUUACAGUCAUGUAUUCCUAUGGGAAUUUUUGAUUGAGUAAAAUAAGGUCUGUUGUUUACGUGUUCAUUAAAUAAUAUUAAAGGAACUCAUUUCACUGUUAGUUUAUGUGAAUUUUGUUAAGUAAUGUUAAUAAGUGGAACCUUACUUGGAAAGUUACCACAUAAAUAAUUCCUAAAAUGUGAGAUAAAUAUAUUUUUAAAAAUAGAACUUCCGGAUUGUCUUAAAAAUUAACAUGAUGACUGAAUAGCUGUAUUGGUUUGUAUGCAGUAGUAUAACAGACAUUACUGUUUACUGUGUUGUAAGACUUAUUGUUGAAUAUCCAUGUAUACUGUAUAUUUGCUCUACAGAUAGUCCCGCCCCAAACUCGCACCAUUGGUUGAGCCAGUGUUGCUGUGUUGGGCUGGAUUGGAUGCUUAAACAUAGAUUUGGGUAAAUCAGGAUAUAAAUGGCUUACUUUUACUUGUAUCUGCAUGUUAAGAUGAGAUGGAAGAAAGUAUUUUAACUUUAAAACAAAUUACACACUUCAGCUUUCCUAUGUAAAUAGCCUACUUAAUGUGCCUUUAUUAUGUGCAAUGCUGUUAUCAAAUAAACAUGCCAAGUUUGUCAUUCA